AUGAUCCGACAGCAUCAAGUAGCUAUUUUUAUUUCUACCGGUAUGUGUUCGGAUUUACGACUCUGGCCAUACGCUUCGCCAUACACGUGUGCAAGCGAACCGUGUGCCGUUAGAAUUCGUCUUCCCACUGUCACCGAGAGACUUGUCACCAUACAGACACUAGCCAUGAAGACAAUCAUUCCAAUUGCUGCUGUCUGUAACGACAUGGGAAUUGGAGUAAACGGGAUGUUGCCAUGGGAUCUACCGAAAGAAAGUGACUAUUAUAAUAGAAUCACAUCUGACACAAAGAAAGGCGGGAAACAGAAUGCAGUUGUCAUGGGAAGAAAAACGUGGAAUUCUCUUCCAGGCAGAUUAGAUGGCAGAUACAAUGUAGUAUUGAGCAGACAUUUGAAAGAACGUCCGACUGGAGUAGAUUUGGUGGCAACAUCUCUCGUAGAUGCCGUCAAGCAAUUGUCAGAUCCCCCUCUAGCGGACAAAGUUGACAAAGUCUUCAUUCUCGGAGGCAGUGGUAUUUAUAAGGAAUCUGUGGAAUCCCCGCUCUGUUUUCGUAUUUAUCUUACAAGAAUUAUGGCGGAUUAUGAGUGUGAUACGUUUUUUCCAGAAUUUAACACAAAUUUAUUCCACCUUGUCAGUGACCCGGAUGUACCGUGCGAAAUCCAAGAAGAGAAAGGAAUUCAAUAUAAGUUCGAAGUUUAUGAAAAAAAGGUGUGA